AUGAAGGCAAUACGGCAUGUGCUUUGUGUUCUGACCAUCACACUCUGUUUUAUCUGCAGUUUUGUCUUGGCAGAAACUGAAGAUCUUGUUGGUGGUGGGGUUGCGAAGCCUGUUCCUCAAAGUGGUCCUGAACCUGGAAGUGUUGGUGUAGGAGUUGGACGUGGUGGUGCUGAUGGUGGAGGAGGAGGAGGAAGUGGUGGAGUGGAAGAAUCAUCUGAACAGUGUGUUGAGGAUCAAAAUAAGGAAUUUUGCAAAGCACAUUCCUCAGAGCAAAUGUCUCCAGAAGAUACUCAAAAGCAUGGCGAAGAACCUGAAGCUGUUGCACUUCCACCACCCGAAACACCACCGGAACGCAGUCCCACUUCUCCAUCUGCUCCUGGUGCUUCUGUUGGUCCUGCUAGUUCCUCUUUGCGAACCACAGAAGAUCUACCUAAUCAGCAGGAAGAAAGUAACGAGAACAUAAAGGGGAAUCCAACAGUUACGGAAGUGAGAGAAAGCGUUGAAAACGCGGCUAGCGAUGGUACCAAGGAGCAACCUUCAAAUGAACAAAAUACAGUUAACCCUGGUACAACACAACACCACGAUGGAUCGGACCAGGUAUCGCAAACUGCACAGAGUUCUACUAGAGAAACUGCUGCGCAAGGUGAGAACGAGGCAGACAACAGUAAUGCUUCAACGACUCAGGGAGGUACUGACACACCAUCUGAUCUUGUCAAUGGUACUAAACCUGAAGGAAGUGAGUCAACAAAUACUCAAGAAGGUGAUGCAAGUAAUACAGACACAACCACCACCACCACCACAACAACAACAACAACACUUCCUCCUGAACUCACAAACAACAAGAAGGGUGAUGCAGACAGCAGCAGCAGUAUCAGCAGUUCUGUGUGGGUGCGUGUACCACUACUGAUUGUGGUUACACUGGCCUGUAUUCUUGUGUGCUGA